AUGGCAGCGAGCGACAACAUGAGAGGAAUACCGAUCAUUCUUUGUGCUCUUGUAGUUGUCAUGGUUGUUGUUCAAUCAUCAUCAUCAUUAAUAUAUGUUUCUUCUCUCUCGGUGUCUACGAACAGUAAAGUGCAAAUUGCAAUUAACAAUGAACGAUCGGAACGAUUAGUUCAACCAACAAAGAUGAAUCAACCAUACAAUGAGGGAUAUGCUGGAUUGAAAGGAGAGUUAGUACCUUUAAAUUUCUAUCAGCAUCCAAUGAUAGGAGUUGAAUGUUUUUAUGGGUUUAUAUUUCCAAACUGUUCAUGUACGCAGCAUUUUCCAGUGAGAAACGGAGGAUUGAACAGAAAUUCAGAUGAUUGUUUUGGACCUAAAUGUCUAAUGAUAAGCAGCAACACACAUGUGCAAAGAGAAAUUGUUGGAAAUUAUUCAUGUGUAUUGAGAGAGCGAGAGGGUCAAGCGGUUGUAGAUUGCAGUCACAACAGCAACCCCUAUACUGAUAAUUUAUUUUACUUUUCAGAAUGCAAUCCUUAUGUACCAAAGCCACAUUUAAAUAGAUUUUUAAACGUAACGACUGUAUUGAAUUUGAUUGAUCAUGAAUUUAGAUUUGAAAGUAUUGAUGAGCACCGACAAAAAUCAAUUGUUAAAUGUCCACUCAAAAGAACCCCAGGAACAUUUCUUAGAGGCUAUUCACUUCAAGUUGAUGUGCAUGUACAUGAAGUAUCAGAUGGGUUUCAUGACACUACCUGGGUCACCAAAGUAUUCAGCUGUAAUUCAACCUCUAUCGAACAAUCAUCACCACUUACAAUAGGUGAUAGAUUUUUGCAAUUGCUUUUAGUGAAGAAUAAAUAA